AUGUUUUUCAUUUCAGGCGUGCUUUUCAGCAUCGAAGUAACGACGGUUCAUUUCGCUGUUCGGGACUACUGGAGAGGUUUCUUUAGUGCCGGGUUUUCAGCAAUAUCAUUCGGUUUGUUAGGCAUGGUGUUCGUCGGAAAAAAUGAAGUUCAGGCGUUCAGUGCGACCCAUUUCCCCGACAAAGAGUCAUACCAAGUGAAGGAACUGCCUGCAUACGCAAUUUUAGGAGUCGCUUGUGGACUUCUUGGAGCGUUGUACGUCUUCAUACAAGGCCGCAUACUAAAGUUUAUCCUGACGAACCCAUUCUUGGAGAAAGCUACCUCAUACAACGCCGUGGCGAUUACCCUGCCGAUCCCAAACGGUGUCUUCUCACCGCUGUUGCUGAUUGGCGCUGGCUUCGGCCGUCUUUUCGGAGAAAUCAUGGCCCUAUGGUUUAACUAUGCCAAUGAAACCAGAGUUUUUCCGGGCAGCUACAGUGUUUUGGGGGCAGCGGCGUUAAGCGGUGCAGUGACGCAGACCGUGUCUACGGCAGUGAUCAUCUUCGAACUGACAGGGCAGAUCACCUACAGGAUCCCUAUUUUGCUAGGAGUCUCUCUGGCGAACGCGGUUUCAACCUGCCUUGAAUUAUCCGUCUACGACAUGGGCAUUAAAGUGAAGAACCUACCUUUCUUGCCGAACUUGCUUCCGAUGUCUUCAUCGGUUCACAACAUUCGGGUGCGAGAUUUCAUGGUUCGUGCGAUAGAGCACAUAUCAAUGCAGUCAACGUACGCGGAGAUACAAAACCUUCUUGUAGAAAGCCAUGGCGUUCGGGUUUUCCCGAUUGUUGACGAUGAAGAAUCCCUCACGUUGCUUGGGUCUAUCUCACGGCGACAACUCGAAGCUGAUCUCGAAAACAAAGUUGGUAUCAAGGCACGAAAGCUGGAAGCGAGGCGCCGAAAGUUCGAAAGAAAAACGAUUUGUAUUGGCCUUGACCAUGGAAAGAAACAUCAUUCGGCCAACGAACUCACAGAGCCUUCUCUGGAUCAUACCUUAAAUAUACAGGAGUGUUGCAUCGGUGUAACGGACAGAGUUCCGGAUGCAGAGCACAGUCGUACGAGAAACGGUGGAUUCUUCGCCUGGUUUUACAUGCCGACUAAGCUGAAAUGUAUCGCCUAUCAACAGGAUUCAGAAGUGGAUCUUGUUGGUGACGAGCGUAAACAAUGGGAAGAAGCCUGUUUAGCAGAGAAACCAGACUUUACCCGCCUGAACAUCGACUCGGCUCCACUCCAAUUAACCGAGCAGACGUCCCUGUUUCAAGCGCACGAACUGUUUUCGUUACUCGGCCUCUAUCGCGCCUUCGUCACAUGGCGAGGAAAGCUGGUGGGAAUGGUCACUUUGAACGAGUUACGACAAGCAAUUGAACAUGCAAAAUACGGGUACGUCUUUGACAAACAAGUCUACUCUCGUGGAAAGAGCGUAGCGAAGGAAGCAAUUAACCCUAGGGUUAACGGCGAUGGCAACACAGCGACCGAAUCGCAACCGCCAAACCCACCUAACUGAAG